CCUGGAAAUGCAGCUGUCUUCCAGUGUGGCUGAACUCAGUUGUGACGAGACGAUGGACCCACCCGCUGAGGACUUCCAGCAGGUCCUGUCCAUUGACCAAAUCCGCUCCAUCCGUGCCAGCAACAACUACGUGGAGAGACCGGCUGUCUGCUUCCAGCAAGCCCGCUCCAACCCAUCCCUGUCCCAGCCACCACACAAGCAAGAGUGGUCCCAGGACCGCCUGGUGUCUUCCACCUUCCAGGACCUGCACCGCAGCCACAGCCAACAGCACCAGAUGCCACCUUUGCAGCAACACAUGAGCCAUUCCAGCACGGCCAGCUCCGUCUCCCAAAGCACCACCGCCUCCGACCAGCGCCUCCUGAGCAGCCUCACGCCCUCCCACUCCGGUCACUCCCUCAUCCGGACGCAGCCCCGGGCCGGCGAGCUGAAACCGGAGGAAUCGCCGCUGAAGGGGGUGGCGGAGAAGCCCACCCUCCAUACCGGCCACCUCUUCAUCUGCGAGGAGUGCGGGCGAUGCAAGUGCGCCCGCUGCACGGCUGCCCGCAGCCUGCCCUCCUGCUGGCUCUGCAACCAGCGCUGCCUCUGCUCCCCCGAGAGCCUCCUCGACUACGGGACUUGCCUCUGCUGCGUCAAGGGUCUCUUCUACCACUGCUCCACCGACGACGAGGACACCUGCGCCGACGACCCCUGCUCCUGCGGGCAGGGGUCCUGCUGUGCCCGCUGGGCUGCCAUGAGCUUCCUCUCUCUCCUCAUGCCCUGCCUCUGCUGCUACUUUCCUACCCUGGGGUGCCUCAAACUUUGCCAGCGGGGUUAUGACGGCCUGAAACGACCCGGCUGCCGCUGCCAGAGCCACACCAAUACGGUCUGCAGAAAGAUCUCCUCCUCCAGCGGCACGCCUUUCCCCAAGACGCUGGAUAAGCCGGUAUGACCCUCCCGGGGAGGAGAAGCAGGCUUUACUCCUCCUCCUCCUCUUCCUCCUCCUCUCCCCUCCAUCCCCCUCUCCUUCGGCUCCCUCCGCUCUGCAGAGCUCCCCCCUACCCACCAUCACCUCCCGGGAAUGAGACGGGUGAACUGGGGCUCCCCCAGCCUCUGGGAGCACGAAGGUGGCUGGGUGGCCAGGGGAGCUGGCACCAAGCUGGUGGGAAACGGUGGUUGUGCACACGCGGGUGAGGGACCGGGAGAGGCAGAGCGAGCUGUGGGUGCCCUCCCCGGCUGUGGCCCGCAGGGAAGGGCGACCCGAGGGGGUCCUCGGGACUCUGCUCUCAGAGGGUUUUAGGAGCUGCCGCUGCCCCAUGGUGUGGUCCUUCCCGAUGGGGGGAAGAGCCAGGUCAACGCAUCCCCUGUGCAAGAAUCCUCCAGGAGCCAGACCUCCUCCUCUCUCUCUUUAUCUCUCUCCAGCACUUUUCGUGGGUGCCCUCUCUCCUUUCACGUGGCCGUAGGUCAGCUUUCCCGGAGGGGCUGGGGUACCGUGGGUCCCACCGGUGGCAGUGGCUUCCCUCUGGGCUUGGAAGCGCUGGGAGAAGCAAGCGGGCUUCAAAAUGAGGUGGCAUCGUAUUUUUCUGUCUCAAAGAGGAAGGGAAGGUGUGGGAAGCUUUAGAAACCUUCUGGCAGGGGAAGGAGCGAUCGGAGGCAGCCCAGCCCACUCGCUUCUGCCCGACUGCAGCGAGGGAAAGGUCCCCUCUGGGAUUUGGCUGAGAACAAGAAGCUGGUUUGAAAUUGCCAUUCAUUUCUCAAUGCCUUGAAGGGCUGCUUCCAGAGCUGCCGCCCAGCUCCGUCCCACCACCGAGCAGAUGCCACAGGCACCGGCUCCGUGCUCGAGCCCCGAGAGCCCCGAUCUGGUACCUUCCACCAGCACUGAAUUCACUUUGAAAAAAAAAAAUAAAAAUACCCCAACCCAACUGUCAACAGCUGCCACUCGCAUUGCCCUCCCCGUCAGUUAGCACCGAUCCUGGGGGACUCCCCAGCGGGGACUUCUGCAACUCCUGCUUUGGGCUGGAGGGAAACAGAGAGCAGGAGGAGGUGUCGAAAGACAGGAGCCCGAUCUUCCCUCCCUGCAGAAGUUGCCUUUGAGUCCUCACCUCGCUUUCCUUGGCCCACCGGCGUGUCACACCAACACCAGCGUCACGCCAGCGGGCAAACCCUGCUGGCACUGCCGAGGGUAUUCUGCAACGGCGGCUGCCUGUGGCAAACUGGAGAUGGGUCUGAACCAAGCCCUGGGGCUGGGCCAUCUGCAGACCAGAAGGAAACCUGAAUCGGGGGCAGCGCUUCAUGGUUUACUUGCUGUGAUGAUAAUAAGCCCAACCCGUCGCUGCAGUGGGGGGGAGCUCCUCCUGGUCCGGGACUCAGCCCCAUCUCCGCUUACAAACGCGUGGUGCCAGCUCUCAGUUGUGACCCCACUGACAUCGGCCGAUCGGUCGGGGGCGUUUGGAGCCAGGGUGACGUCCCAGUGCCCGCUCUGCCUGCCUGUCCCUCCUCCGAGGUGUGUGAGUGCAGAGGGAAGCGAAUGGUUCCCCUGGAGAAAUAUAUGCAACAUGUCCCUUGGCUUCCUCCAAGACCCUGCCAUCCAGGGCUCAUCCGUCGCCUUCCCUCAGCCACCUCUUUACGUAGAGUUCUGUGGAUCUAUUUUUGUAUAUAUAAAUAUAACGUUAGGAUGGCUAGGUCUAUUACUAAUAAUAUUCAUGAUACUGCUGUGAAUGGUGCCAGAUGCAAGGUUUGGCUUCCUGGUACACUUGCACAUGCUGGAAGACGAUUUCCCAGUCUGUUUAUUGCUAAUCCUAGACCUUUAGUUCCUAGGUAGUCGGGAGAGAGGGAAAGGGAGGUUUACAGAUUGUCCUGGGGGGGGUCUGCUUUGCAGAGAGAGGGUAGGAUUUAGUGCUGGCUGUGGGGUGAGGCAGGAGGUAGACUCUCACGAUGGGAUUCCUCUUUCUGUACAUUUGCUAUCUAAAAAUCGCGGCUGAUCCAAGCUCCUUCUGUUGCAGAGAAAAGCGGUUCCAGGGAGUGAUUCAUCCCGCUUGAAAACAUUAUUCAUUAAAUUAUGUUCUGGCAGUGCCUGGCUCCCUUGACUCAAAUGGGACCCAAACAUUGAACUCGCGGUUCCCUGUGGGAGGGGAGAUGAAUCCCAUCCCUGGUGUGAAGUUUUGUGCCUGGGACAUGUUACGGACAUGACCGAAAUCCUCGCCCUGAUUUCACCUAGAGCCUGAGGUGGGAUGUUGAAAGAUGCUUCCCCUGGCCAAAGAUGGAGAGCCCACUUCCAUAAGCUGUGGGGAAUUCGGGGCGAUGCUCUGGGUUACAGUGAGGAUCUCCCGGCGUUAAGAAGGGAGAGGGACACAUCUCUGCAGUUUGCACAUCCUCUGAGGCCAGCCCUGGGCUCUGAAAUCGUUUGGGUUUUAAGCCAAUGACCUUCUCAGAGGAUGCCCUGUAGGUGUGUGUACCCCCAUAAGAUCAGCCCAUGUCUCGGUGGCAGCAGUUAUAAAAUAUAUUGCAAACAUAUUUAUCCAUAUGCCAAUAAUUGCUUGGCUCCUUACUUCCAAGUGAUGUUUGGGGGAGAGACUUCCACCAAGAGGCACCCUUCCUUUUGAACCCUCGGUUCACUUUUCUAUUGGUGCUGAUUAAACUCCUUCUUCCUAAAAACUGUAAAACUUUUUUGGGGAAAAAAGGUCCCUUUUUCACUGAGGAUUUGAGGUACUGUCUCACUUGAAUGAGAAUGUGAAGUAGUUCAUUGAAACUUCUUAAAGAAAACUAAUGAACAGAAUUUUCCAACUUGCUCUACUUUGAUUUUUUUUUUUCCUCCUCCUUUUUAAAUGGUUCCUACUUGUAAAUUUAGUUACCACCUCUGUAUCUUUGCAAUUCGUUGCUUCCUCUCCUGAUGGUGGAAUGACUCAACAUGUGAAGCUUCAUCAUUUUCACGGCCUCCGAAGUCAUGCAAGCACGGGGUGACCUCCCCCAGGUGCUGGAGCUGUAGGAUGAGAAGAUGGCUGUCCACGUAUCAGCUCCCUAGAGCCAGUUUUGCUUGGCACUAGCACGGCGAGGCGGAGCCCUGCACUACUAUUGCGGCAUAUUUACCUUCAGGAAUUGGUAGGAGGCCAGGACGCCUGCCAGUAGCCUUCUACCUAAUGGGCUUUUUCUGGGUCAGUGCGGAAGUCCCAUUUCUACCAGGGAAUCGUGCCACAGCCUGGGUGCAGGGCUGAGGAGUCCGGCCAGGUCUCUCGAAGGUCUCAUCUCCAAGAAAUGACAAACCCGCGAGAUGUAUUUUAUGAAAUACGGGACACGUAGAAGGGAACUGGAGAGGAGGAGAGCCCCAGCUGGGCACUGGGGGCUGUCAGAGCCGCGCAGGGCUUUGGUUUGGCUGUGUUGAGGGCAAAAUGCAAAGCCACAUCCAGGCCUUGCAGUUGCACGGGCUAGAGAAGUUUAGGGCCGUCGGCCCCUACCCUGCUCAUAGGGGCAGGUGGCUUCACGUGGGGCUGCUGCUUCCCGCUCCAUCUAGGGGAGCCCCAGCGAGCUCCCAUUCCUUGCUCCCAGCAGAAGGGACAGGUCGGGAUUUGCCAAAAGCUCUCCCAGGAGGCCGGCUCUGGUUCACUGAGCUCAUCUGGUGUCAGGAAGGCUGUGGGUAGCCUCUGAUCAUACUUUUUUCCUGAGCUUUUCCUAACAUCUUCAGACCAGAUCCAUCCUGCUCCCUCCCCAUCUCCGGCUGCCAGGCAGUUUGGUUUCCCCGCAGAGAGGACUCCAGUUUUGGUUGGGGUUGUGAGCCCCUUUCCUGCCCCACCCUGUAAUGAGUCAGAUAGCAUCUGCUCCAGAUGUUUGUUUGCAGCUGCUUGUCCUGGCAGUUUGGGUUUCUCUCUGUCCUGACGUGUCUCUUUUGGUUUUCUUUUGGGAGAGUCACAUGUUGAGUCCUCUGUUUUCCCUGUGCCCCUGUGAUUUGACAAGGAUGGAUCCGCUGUGCGAGGGAACGUUUCUCUGUGUUGUGUGUCUCUACCGGUUGUGGGCUCCUUUGCCAGGCAACGUGCAGGGCUGUAGGGCAGAUUUAGACAGGGAAAGAAAGACUUGGGUGCCAAAGGAGCGGGAGGCAGGAGCUACUGAGCAGGACCUGAGGUCCCCAUGCUCUGCUCCCCAUAUGCAGGAGCCUCCUCUUCCCACCCAGACCUCCAAAGCUCCAUCCACGCAAGAGCUCCUUGCUGGUGCUUGCUUUCUCCAAGGCUUCCCUUGGUCCCGCUCCCCUCUUUCCCUACCGGCAAACGUGUGAUCAGUCCCAGCACUGGUGAGGAGGGGUCACUGGGGACCAAGGUGGAGUCUCCCUCCCAUCCCAGCUCCCCAACCCUCCUGGUGGAAGGGCAGAAGUGGUCCUUGGGCUGCUGUCCACUCAUCCCUGAGAAACGUCGGUGCCAGCCAAGAACCUCAAAGAACAGGGGGGAAGCUCUUUGGGACUCUACUCUCAGAUUCCCAUAAAAUCCCAUUGAGUUCGCUCUUCCCCAUCCCCAUGUGUGAACCCAAAGACUGGUGGGCAAGUGUCAUCGAACAAAAGAUGCCAAAGCACAGAAUAACAGUUUAUGAACGGCUGCUUUAGUGCAAUAAAGAGGGAUGAGCGGAGGGGUGAGAGGAGCUGCUGCAAGGUUUGCACGACUGGACUGCACAGGGAAGGAGCACACCAUGCCCCAAACUUGCCGUUUCCAGCACCCGCUUUGUUAGUUUGCUCUCUGUCUCUGGCCCUUGGGUGUUUCAAGGCUGGAGAAAGCUGGGAGGUCUUCAGAUAUUGGAAGGUCUAACUUUUUGUGAUCAGCAUGUGAGGAAGGUAGAUAAGGGAUGUACCCCCACCCCAAAGCCCAUUCUUGGUCUUUAAUAGGAUCCAGUUCAGGCUUGUCUCCUUCAAGGAGCCCGCGGAGCCCAGACCUGCGGGAUGCUUGCAGCAGCUGGAGGCUGCUGGUCGGCAUCUGGUCCGUGUGGGCCAAACCAGAGCUGUGAUCUCUUUGGGCUCGGUCUGCUUCGGGAUAUUUCUCGGUGAGCGUCGAGAUCUCUUGCAAACUCUUUCUCCCGGAGUGCAGGUUGGGAGCUUGCGCAGGUGAGAUCUGUUGUCCUGCUUGGGGUGAUG